AGGUGGCGGUAGUGUGCCACCCAGUUGGACCAGAGUCAGACGAAGAAGCAGCAGCAGCAGAAGACGAAGAAGAAGAAGAAGAAGGUGUCUGUGGUGACAGCACUCAACAUGGCGUUCAAUUUUGGCGGUGCCACGAGCAACCCAGCAGCAAGCACGUCCGGGUUUUCAUUCGGUUCAUUUGGAGCCAAAACUACGCCAUCGACAACAUUUGGCUUCGGGACCCCAGCCACUACCACCACAGCCUCAUCCGGAUUCGGUACUCUAACAGCCCCUGGUUUUGGGGCAGCCACCACCACCACUGCUGCACCAGCCACAGGCUUUAGCUUUGGCUCCACCAACACUGGCACAUUCGGUGGCUUCGGAACAACAACGACAACUGCUGCUGCACCAGGGGCAACAUUUAGCUUUGCUCCCCCUGCAACGGGAAGCCUGUUUGGUAACACGCAGAACAAAGGGUUUGGGUUCCCGACUGGGCUUAGCACAGGGACUGCUGCAGGAACGUCGGGAUUUGGAACUGGAACUGGACUAGGAGCAACUAGCCUGGGUGGCUUUGGAGGCUUUAAUAUCCAGCAGACUCAGCAGCAGCAAGGAGGCUUGUUCGGUCAGCAGGCGGGUCAGAAUCAGUCCACCCAGCUUUACCAGCAGGUCACCGCUCUGUCAGCUCCCACCUUGUUAGGAGAUGAGCGUGACUCCAUACUUGCCAAAUGGAACCAGCUGCAGGCAUACUGGGGCACAGGGAAGGGCUACUACAGCAACAACAACCCACCUGUGGAGUUCAAUCAGGAGAACCCAUUCUGCAGGUUCAAGGCGGUGGGGUACAGCUGCAUCCCGAUGAGUAAGGAUGAAGAUGGUUUAGUAGUCUUGAUUCUGAAUAAAAAGGAAGCUGAUGUGAGAGCUCAGCAGCAGCAGCUGGUCGAGUCCCUCCACAAGAUCCUAGGAAACAACCAGACCCUCACUGUCAACGUAGAGGGUGUCAAAGCCCUGUCGAAUGACCAAACAGAGGUGAUCAUUUAUUUGGUUGAGCGCUCUCCCAAUGGCACCUCCAAGCGAAUCCCAGCGAGUACCCUCUUCAGCUAUCUGGAGCAGACUAAUAUAAAGGCCCAGCUCACUCAGAUUGGAGUGGCCAUGUCAGUGACACGCACAGAGCUGUCCCCAGCACAGCUCAAACAGCUGCUGCAAAAUGCUCCUGCAGGAGUGGAUCCUAUCAUUUGGGAACAGGCCAAGGUGGACAACCCUGAUCCAGAGAAGUUGAUCCCAGUGCCCAUGGUAGGAUUUAAGGAGCUGCUCCGCAGGCUGCAGAUCCAGGAGCAGAUGACUAAACAGCACCAGACCAGAGUGGAUAUUAUCUCCAAUGACAUCAGUGAACUGCAAAAGAACCAAGCGACCACAGUGGCAAAGAUCGCCCAGUACAAGAGGAAGUUGAUGGAUCUAUCUCACCGAGUGCUGCAGGUGUUGAUCAAACAGGAGAUCCAGCGAAAAAGUGGCUAUGCUAUCCAAGUGGACGAGGAGCACCUCAGGGUGCAGCUGGACACCAUUCAGUCUGAACUCAAUGCCCCCACACAGUUCAAGGGUCGGUUAAAUGAAUUAAUGUCCCAAAUCCGGAUGCAGAACCACUUUGGAGCUGUGAGAUCAGAAGAGCGUUACAGUGUGGACGCAGACCUCCUCAGAGAAAUCAGACAGCACUUAAAACAGCAGCAGGAAGGUUUAAGUCAUUUGAUCAGUGUCAUCAAAGAUGACUUGGAAGACAUCAAACUUAUAGAGCACGGGCUGAGCGACAGCGGACACAUGAGAGGAGGCAUCCUCAGCUGAGUCUGCCCCACCAACCUGCACAUGCUCAGACACACAAUCCUCCAAAAAAAAUGGUGCCUCGGCCAUUUAAUUUAGAGGUAAUCUGCACUGUAGUUCCCCGAUAACCCCAGUGAUAUCUGAACCUGCCUGCUCAGAUGAUCAUUUUGACUAGAAUGUGCCUUUAAGUCCCCACGCGGACAGGUUUAUCAUUUGCCCCACUUUCUGUACCAGGUAAACACUGACUGGUUAAUCUGUGCUUUCUCAACUGACAGAGCCCUAAUGGAAAAGACUCAACAAAGUCUAAUAAUAGCUGGGAUCCCUUAUGUCAAAUCAGAUUAUAAUUAUAAGACUACAAAUGUGACUGGCAUGUAAACAAGUUGUGUAUGUCACCAGUGAAGACAUUGUAAAUACAUGUUUGUAUUUCUUUUUUCUUUUUUUAUUCUCCUAGAAUGUUAAUAAAUUUCAUUUAUUGGAAAAAUUAAA